AUGAUUGAGGAAGUCUUGAAGAAGACCUCGGAGAUGUUCCCGCUGCCCACCGCGACGGCCUCGUCGCUGCCUUCGGUUGCUCCCAUCCCAACCGUCGCCCCCGGACCUGAGCCCACCUACGAGGUUGCCGGCGAUGCUGGAAUGAAGACCCUCUGGGUCGUCUUCGUUCUCAUGCUGAUCGCCUCUGCCGGUUUCACCGUCAUGUCCUGGAAGGUGCCUUUGAACAAGCGCCUCUACCAUGUCAUCACCACCAUCAUCACCCUCACCGCUGCCCUCUCCUACUUCGCCAUGGCCUCCGGCGCUGGUGUCUCCCUCAAGAAGGAGGUCGAGCGCGAGCAGCACGACCACGUCCCCGACACCUACAACGUCGUCUACCGCCAGGUCUACUGGGCCCGUUACGUCGACUGGACCAUCACCACCCCUCUCCUGCUCCUCGACCUCGGUCUCCUUGCUGGCAUGUCUGGUGGACACAUGAUCAUGAUGGUUGUUGCCGACAUCAUCAUGGUUCUCACUGGUCUCUUCGCUGCCUUCGGUACUGAGGACACUGCCCAGAAGUGGGGCUGGUACACCAUCUCGUGCAUUGCCUUCCUCUUCGUCUUCUGGCACCUUGGCCUUAACGGUGGUGCCAACGCCCGCGCCAAGGGUGACAAGCUCCGCGGUUUCUUCAUCUCCAUCGCUGCCUACACCGCCGUCCUCUGGACUGCCUACCCCAUUGUCUGGGGUAUUGCCGAUGGUGCUCGCAAGGCCAGCGUCGACACUGAGAUCAUUGCCUACGCUGUCCUCGAUGUCCUCGCCAAGGCUGUCUUCGGUGCCUGGCUCUUGGUUGCCCACGCCAACAUGCGCGAGAGCGAUGUUGAGCUUAACGGCUUCUGGGCCAACGGUCUCAGCCGCGAGGGUGCCAUCCGCAUUGGUGAGGAUGACGGUGCUUAA